AUGGACCCUCACAUGUACGACAAUGACCUGACCCCUGACUCGGUAGAGUCUCUAGAGGAAGAGACGUGGAUUUCUGAAUUCUGCUCGGUCUCCGGCCGUGAGAUCUUUGUUGAGGUCCCGGAAGAGUUUAUUGAAGACGACUUCAAUCUCACCGGCCUCUCCCACUUUGUUACAUACUACCGCGAGGCCCUGGAGCUUAUCCUUGACCUCGAACCAGAAGACCCCAUGCAACUAGCAAACAUGUCCAUCGUUGAAAACUCGGCAGAAAAUCUCUACGGAUUGAUUCACGCGCGAUACCUCACAUCCCGCCAGGGUAUUCAUGCCAUGGCUCACAAAUACGACUAUGGCGUUUUUGGAACAUGCCCGCGCCUGCUUUGCAACUCUAUGAAACUCCUCCCCACAGGCCGCCACGAUCUCCCAGGCGUCGAGAACCUGCGUCUCUUUUGCCCUUGCUGCCUUGAUAUUUACCACCCACAAUCGUCGCGCCAUGCUGGCAUUGAUGGCGCGUUUUUUGGAACUUCCUUUGUCGGGCUUUUCCUUAAAACAUUCCCAUCCAUCGAACAAGAAUGCAUAGAGCUCCGCAAGAAACAAUUUUCGCUAACAAUCUAUGGUUUUAAAAUCAGCGAGUUUUCAAAUGCCGGCCCUCGCAUGAAAUGGCUUCGACGUGUACCACAGAACGAGUAUGAGAUAGAGGAGCUAGAACGUGACCAAAAUGACAGCACCAACGAAGACGAAGAUGAUGACGAGGAUGAGGAUGAGUUUGAAGAUGACAGUCUUUCUGAGGACGAAGAUGAAGCCAAUGAUGACGAUGAUGACGAAGAAGAAGAUAAGGAGGAACAAAAAAUGGAGGAAGACACUAAACCAGCGCGACAACUGCGGCAAAAACAAGGUGCAAAAUGA